ACAGGCGACCAAACUCGAGAUUCACAUCAUCACCUGACGACUGGAGUGCAGGCAAUCGCACCUCCCCUUCUACUAUCUGUCGCUACGGCCCCAUUCCAGCCUCGGCCCAAACACGUGCUCCUCCCUUCACCUGCACACCUCCCAAACCACCCAUCACCGCCGCCAUCAUGCCGCCCCCAAAAACAAUCUUCACCUCCCACGAGCGCAAUAACAUGAAAGCAACCUGGGGCUCCCAAGCCGCCCGCCUCUCCCGCGACUCCUUCCUUCCCUUCGGCAGCUGCCAGCUAUGUCUUCUCCCCGCCGUCGACCCCGUCUGCUGCCCGUCAGGUGAUCUUUUCUGUCGCGAAUGUGCGAUGACCAACCUACUCGCGCAGCGCAAGGAAAUCAAACGACUGGAGAAAGCAGCGGAGCGACGGAAAGAAGAAGAGGAGGACCAGCGGGCACGCGAGGAUGAAGAAGCGAGGCUGCGUGCGGUAGCGGAGUUUGAGGCUGUGCAGAUGGGGUUGAAGGUCAAGCAUGGCGCUGGGUCGAGGGUUGUGGGCCGGGAAGGCGGGAAGAUUGUUGUGGAGAAGGAGGAAGAGGGUGCUGCGCGUGGGACGAAGAGGAAGUUUGAGAUUGAUGAGGAGGAGCUGAAGCGGAUUGCCCUUGAGGAGCGCAGCCGCGCGAAGCUAGCGCUCGACGAGGAGAAGAAGGCGGCGAAGGGGCAUUUACCCAGCUUUUGGGUCCCGGGCGAGACGCCGGAUCAGAAUUACAGGAGCAUGGAGGUCGCGAAGCGAAAUCCGACCUGUCCGUCGGGCGAUCCGGAGCAUCCCCAUGCGCUGUCGCUCAAGACGCUGGUGUCGGCUAACUUCAACAUGGAGAAGUCGCCUGAGACGGGGAAGUCGACAUUCACGUGUCCGAGUUGUCGCAAGGCGCUGUCGAACGCAUCGAAAGCUGUGAUUGCGAUACCGUGCGGUCAUGUGCUGUGCAAGCCUUGUGUGGACAACUUUUUAAGACCAGAGCACAGGCAUCAUCGAGAUGCACACGAUGAUGGACCGGAGCCAGAGACUGUGCAUUGCUAUGUCUGCGAUGCAGAUUUGACCAGUGUGCCGGAGACGAAGUCCAAGGAGAAGGAGGGAAAGAAGAGCAAAAAGGAUAAGGUGAAAGGACUGAAGCCAGGGCUAGUCGGGAUACGUAGCGAAGGCACGGGGUUUGCCGGUGGUGGAAAGGCAAUGGUCAAGAAAGAUGGCGUGGCUUUCCAGGUUUGAGAGAUAUGUUUGUCGUGCAGGCCGUGGAGUUGCGUAAGAUGAAUUAGGAGAAGGCAUCAACAGCAGAGUAAUGGUCUUUUGCAUGUCACAACCGGAUCAGGUUUCGCGGGAUAGAGAUACUAGGCAUGAUCAUCAUGAUCCCCACACGCCAUUGCAACAUGUGUCGAACAAAGCUACCUAAAUUUCGCAGGUGCCUCCCCGCCAAGAUUUGAC